AUGCCGAUCCUCGCGAAGAAUAUAUUACCGGUGUGCGUUAGAUUAAACAAUCUAUUGACUUCGAGUAUGGCAUCGGCCAAUGUUAUUAAACGCUUGGAGUCAAAGGCAUCGGCUGCUGAACAAAUAAUAGCAGAAUUAAAACGAGAAGUUGAUCAGCUGAAAAAAGGUACGAAAGAGACGUACAUUAAUGAAACCGAUGUUUUGAGUUUGGAAAAUCAACUUCUUCGAGGUGAGAUAGAGAAGUACAAGAAUGAACUUGUUCGAUUAGAAAUGAACCGCGGGGUUAAACAGAUACCGCAAGCCAAUGGUAGAUGUUCUGUAAAAAUUGAUUCGAAGGAUAUCUCUGUGGUAGAAACUGCCGCUUCAACAGCAAAUGAAAACAAACCAGAUGCUAAGGCAAUCAAGGGGAAAAAAGCGUCCAAGGAAAAGGGGCCAGGGGUAAAGAAGCCAAUAGCUCCGACGGUUGAAAGCCAAGAGCCGCCAAUUGACGUUGGUAGGCUUGACUUCAGAAUCGGAAGAAUUGUAAAUGCUAAAAAACACCCUGACGCGGACACCCUGUAUGUAGAGGAGGUUGACGUGGGAGAGGAAAAAAACAGAACCGUGGUCAGUGGAUUGGUAAAAUAUGUGCCUCUCGAGGAGCUGAACAACAAAAUGGUCGUACUCUUGUGCAAUCUAAAACCAUCAAAGAUGCGUGGGGUGACUUCGGAGGCAAUGGUCAUGUGUGCCUCUACAUCGGAUAAAGUCGAGAUUCUUGUCCCGCCGCUCGGCGCUGUACCGGGAGACUUGGUCCAUGUUGACGGCUAUCCCCGUGCGCCUGACAAUAUUCUAAACUCUAAGAAAAAAAUAUUCGAAACCUGUGCACCUGAUCUUAUGACUGAUAACGAAAGGCAAGCAGUCUACAAAGGUCUCCCGCUCCAUGUUCCGGGAAAAGGAAACGUCGUUGCCCCGACUUUGACUUGUGUACAAGUCAAGUAACAAUGAGAUUUACCGUUUGUAAAAUAUUCGUCGCUAUGAACUUAUUUAUAUUCAUUUUUCAUAUUCGAAUCUAUAGAUUGUCAGUGACAUUCAUAUUAUAAUUCAAUUUACUUGUAACAUGUUGUACAUAAUUUGAUGAAACGUUUAAUGAAUAAUUACACUGUACAAUGGUACAUACCUAUUAACUGUAGUGCCAAAAUUAUUUCCACAUUUUCCCUAUUCGUGAAUUUCGUUUAAUCCAAAUGGCACAUGUAACUAUGUAACAAAAAGAAAGGGAUCUAAGAGUUGAUCAUGAAUGUCAAAACAGAUCAAUAAAUGUAGCGUGCAGAAUUAA